AAGCGUUGAAUUUCGGGGAGUUGGGUUUUAAGGAAGGAAGAAGAACGUUCAACCGUCGGGACCCAAUUGGUGGAGAACACCUGGGCCAACGGCCUCCAGUGCACGUUGGCUGGAAAUUCAAAUCCUUCAGCGGCCGUGCUUCCUCCAACUCCAAACUUGUCAGGGUGGUCUAAUGUUUUGAUCUGAGUUGGACUUUCCAAUUCCAACGAUACUUUCUUCUCCAGGACUAUGGAAUGGCAAGGCAUGGAUUGUUUAGACAAGCAGUGGCUGAUUUUUCCCUGGUUGAUUCGUCGCCCUUUUCCAAGCUAUUGGACGUCUGUCUUCAGUCAAAGUCGGUAAGGGACGCUCGCCGUAUCCAUGCACGCAUCAUCAAGUCCCAGUUUUCGGCGGAAAUUUUCAUACAGAACAGGCUUAUAGACGUUUACGGGAAAUGUGGUUGUUUGGAUGAUGCGCGCAAGCUGUUCGACCGAAUGCCCGAGAGGAAUACGUUCUCUUGGAAUCCGAUUAUAACGGCGUUAUCAAGAUCGGGUUUUCUUGAUGAAGCUGCGAGGCUUUUUGGGUCUAUGCCUGGACCUGAUCAGUGCUCCUGGAACUCCAUGGUUUCGGGUUUUGCUCAGCAUGGUCGCUUUGAGGAAUCACUUGAUUAUUUUGUUAGGAUGCAUAGGGAGAAUUUUGUGCUCAAUGAAUACUCGUUCGGAAGUGCACUUAGUGCCUGUGCUGGGUCAUUGGAUCAGGAAAUGGGUACCCAAAUCCAUGCUUUGGUAUCAAAGUCUCCAUUCUCAUCAGACGUUUAUAUGGGAUCUGCCCUUAUUGAUAUGUACGCCAAAUGUGGGAAUGUGGCCUGUGCUCAAAUAGUGUUUGAUGAGAUGACUGAUCGCAACAUAGUCUCUUGGAAUAGCUUGAUCACAUGCUACGAACAGAAUGGUCCAGCCAGUGUGGCUCUUGAUGUUUUUAUGAGGAUGGUGGAUUGCGGGGUUGAACCUGAUGAGGUUACAUUUGCCAGUGUGGUUAGUGCUUGUGCAAGUUUGUCGGCCAUCAAAGAAGGUCAACAAAUUCAUGCCCGUGCUCUGAAAGAUGAUAAGUUCAGAGAUGACCUUAUUUUAAGCAAUGCAUUGGUUGAUAUGUAUGCCAAAUGCGGUAAAGUUGUAGAAGCUAGGCUUGUUUUUGAUAGGAUGACAAAUAGAAAUGUUGUGUCUGAAACCUCCAUGGUAAGUGGUUAUGCAAAAGCAGCAAGUGUGAGAACUGCAAGAUUAAUGUUUGCCAAGAUGACAGAAAAAAAUAUAGUAUCUUGGAAUGCACUUAUUGCAGGCUAUACCCAGAAUGGGGACAAUGAAGAAGCUGUAAGACUCUUUUGCCUUUUGAAAAGAGAAGCCAUUUUCCCAACACAUUAUACCUUCGGGAAUUUGCUCAAUGCUUGUGCAAAUUUAGCUGAUUUGAAGCUUGGGAAGCAGGCUCAUGCCCAUGUCUUGAAGCAUGGUUUUCGCUUCCAGUCUGGACCAGAGUCUGAUAUUUUUGUGGGCAACUCUCUUAUAGAUAUGUACUUGAAAUGUGGAUUGGUUGAAGAUGGGAGCUUGGUGUUUAAGAACAUGACUGAAAGAGAUUUGGUUUCAUGGAAUGCUGUGAUAGUUGGGUAUGCCCAAAAUGGGCAUGGGGUAGAAGCUCUUGCUGCCUUCAGACAAAUGUUGGUAGGUGGAGAGAAACCGGAUCAUGUUACGAUGAUUGGAGUUCUUUGUGCUUGCAGCCAUGCAGGGCUGGUUGAGGAGGGACGCCAUUAUUUCCUCUCUAUGAGCAAGGACCAUGGUUUGGAACCCUUGAAGGACCAUUACACAUGCAUGGUUGAUUUACUUGGUCGAGCUGGUUGCCUUGAUGAAGCUAAGGAUUUGAUAGAAUCAAUGCCAAUGCAGCCCGAUGGGGUUGUAUGGGGCUCUUUGCUUGCUGCUUGCAAAGUUCAUGGUAACAUGUGCUUGGGAAAAUAUGUGGCUCAGAAGCUCCUAGACGUUGAUCCCAAUAACUCUGGUCCUUAUGUUCUUCUCUCAAACAUGUAUGCUGAGCUUAGGAGAUGGAAGGAUGUUGUUAGAAUUCGGAAGCUUAUGAGUCAGCGAGGAGUUGUUAAGCAGCCUGGUUGCAGCUGGAUUGAGAUACAGAGCCAUGUGCAUGUUUUCAUGGUGAAAGAUAAAAGGCAUCCUCAAAAGAAAGAAAUAUACCUACUUCUGAAAUCACUUAUUCAACAGAUGAGGCUAGCUGGAUAUGUUCCACAUACUGAUGAUUUGGAUACUGAUGAGGAGCAGAACAACUCAGAUUUUACCCUUUCUGACCAUUUGGAAUUGCCGCAAGUUGCUGUUGUUUUGGAAGAAAAGAAUGAAAUUAUCUUUUAGUCAGAAAAAAGAAUGAAGAAUAUCCAAACCCAUCUAGACUCGAAUUGCAAAAAGGAAUGCUUUGGUGAAUGGAAGUAUCUCUGCUCCUUAUAGACCUCAAACCUUCUUAGCUCAUUGACUCACAUAAUUGUGCAAGGGCGUUCGUCAAAGGUCCAAUAGCUGUCACUUGAGGUGGUUAAAGGUGUUGACAAUGGCUUUUAUGAUUUUACCAAGUUAAACAGUGAAGGAAAGCAAUUGGAAAAAGGGUGUUCCCAUUUGACUUGUUGCUAGCGAUGCAUCGUGGCAGUACCGUUGCCGGCAACUGUGGUUGCAUUUCUUGGUUCACUCGUUGCUGCUGCUGAAUUGCUUCAAUGGAAUCAAUUGCAAACUCGACAACAUUGACCUGAAGAGGAAGUUGCAGACCCAUGAGCCUCAUCUGCAAGCCGAGC